GGCGAGGGACGCGCGCGCGGCGGGCGGCGCUGGGGGAGCCCGAGCGCUCCAUGAAGCCCCCCCGGGGCCGCGGACGGGGCGCUGUCCGGGGGAGGCUGUCGGGGGGUCCCCGACAUCCAUGGCUAGGCGGGGGCCGCGGCGGCUCGCUCGGAGGCCGGCGACGGCGGCUGCCCCGAGGGACAGGGCCCUAGGCGGUGGCGAUGGGGGCCGCCCGGAUCGCGCCCGGCCUGGCGCUCCUGCUCUGCUGCCCGGUGCUCACCUCCGCGUACGCGCUGGUGGACGCAGAUGACGUCAUGACCAAAGAGGAGCAGAUCUUCCUGCUGCACCGUGCCCAGGCCCAGUGUGAGAAGAAGCUCAAAGAAGUCCAGCAGAGGCCAGCCAGCAUAAUGGAACCCGACAAGGGGUGGACAUCCGCAUCCACAUCAGGGAAACCCAGGAAGGAGAAGACAUCCGGGAAACCCUACCCUGAGUCCGAGGAGGACAAGGAGUCACCGCCUGGCAGCAGACGCCCAGGGCGCCCCUGCCUUCCUGAGUGGGACCACAUCCUGUGCUGGCCACUGGGGGCACCAGGCGAGGUGGUGGCGGUGCCCUGUCCUGACUAUAUUUAUGACUUCAAUCACAAGGGCCAUGCCUACCGGCGCUGUGACCGCAACGGGAGCUGGGAGUUAGUGCCCGGGCACAACCGGACAUGGGCCAACUACAGCGAGUGCGUCAAGUUCCUGACCAAUGAGACUCGUGAACGGGAGGUGUUUGACCGCCUGGGCAUGAUCUACACCGUGGGCUACUCCGUGUCGCUGGCCUCCCUCACCGUGGCAGUGCUCAUCCUGGCUUACUUUAGGCGGUUGCACUGCACUCGCAACUACAUCCACAUGCACCUGUUCCUGUCCUUUAUGCUGCGCGCCGUGAGCAUCUUCGUCAAGGACGCGGUGCUCUAUUCGGGUGCCACGCUGGAUGAGGCCGAGCGUCUCACGGAGGAGGAGCUGCGCACCAUCGCCCAGGCACCUCCGCCACCCGCCGCCACCACCGGCUACGCGGGCUGCAGGGUGGCGGUGACCUUCUUCCUUUAUUUCCUGGCCACCAACUACUACUGGAUCCUGGUGGAGGGGCUGUACCUACACAGCCUCAUCUUCAUGGCCUUCUUCUCAGAGAAGAAGUACCUGUGGGGCUUCACAGUCUUCGGUUGGGGUGUGCCCGCCAUCUUCGUGGCUGUGUGGGUCAGCGUGAGGGCCACGCUGGCCAACACUGGGUGCUGGGACCUGAGCUCUGGGAACAAGAAGUGGAUCAUCCAGGUGCCCAUCCUGGCCUCCAUUGUGCUCAACUUCAUCCUCUUCAUCAACAUCGUCCGGGUACUCGCCACCAAGCUGCGGGAGACCAACGCCGGCCGGUGUGACACGCGCCAGCAGUACCGGAAGCUGCUCAAAUCCACGCUGGUGCUCAUGCCGCUCUUCGGUGUGCACUACAUCGUCUUCAUCGCCACGCCCUACACCGAGGUCUCAGGGACGCUCUGGCAAAUCCAAAUGCACUACGAGAUGCUCUUCAACUCCUUCCAGGGAUUUUUUGUCGCCAUCAUAUACUGUUUCUGCAACGGCGAGGUGCAGGCUGAGAUCAAGAAAUCCUGGAGCCGCUGGACACUGGCCCUGGACUUCAAGCGCAAGGCCCGCAGCGGAAGCAGUAGCUACAGCUACGGCCCCAUGGUGUCCCACACGAGUGUGACCAACGUGGGCCCCCGCACGGGCCUCGGCCUGCCCCUCAGCCCCCGCCUACUGCCUGCCGCCACCACCAACGGCCACCCCCAGCUGCCUGGCCUGGCCAAACCAGGGGCCCCGGCCCCCCAGACCACGCCCCCUGCCCUGGCUACGCCCAAGGACGAUGGGUUUCUCAACGGCUCCUGCUCUGGACUGGACGAAGAGGCCUCUGGGCCCGAGCGGCCCCCGGCCCUGCUGCAAGAAGAGUGGGAGACGGUCAUGUGACCAAGGCUGGACCUCGGGACAGGAGGGACCAAGGCAUGGGUGGCUGGAAAAUUUCCUGCUCAGGGCUGUGGCCAGGAGG